GUUUAUGACUGGGGAAACUGAUUUCCACGUUUUUCAUGUGUACAUAUCUAGUCCUUACAUUGAUCGGGGGUUACUUUCCUCCAAUCAAACUUCAAGCAUCUUGAGAGACGCCUCACGAUGAAUCCCAGUCAGAGUGGUAUAAUUGUUUUUUCACUUAACUCUAACAAAGACUUGUCUGAGAAAAUCGCCAGGUAAGCUUGAGGACUGAUCAAAUAUUUCUUUUGUUUGCCUGUUUUGUUUAUUCUUUCAGUGACAAUCUGAUAUUUUUUGGUAGCUUUGAGAUGCAGCCAGCGGAAUAUUCAAAUUUUAAGGUUUAUCUGAAGCUGUGUUCACUAUUUUGUUUUUCUCAGGAAAUUGGGAAUUGAGUUGGCCGCGUGCAGUGUUGGGAAAUUUCAGAAUCAAGGUGAUUGACAUCCCAAUUAUCUCAGAUAUUGGUCACUCCUUGAAAACAAUUUAACAACAAAAUUUUGCUGGAGUCAUUUUUACCAACAUUUUCCAAUUGAACCACUCUUUAAAGUAAAAUACUUGCCAAUAGUUGGCAAAUGUUUGUUUCUCCACAAACUGACAUCAUGGUAUUGCUCACUUGUCGAUGCAGUAGGAACUGCAGAAUUUGGUGACAUUCUCCCAAGGCUUGAUCGUUUAAGCUACCGCUACAAAUCAACAUAUUUAGAUCAAAUAAAUUCUCUGCAAAGAAACUUCUAAUCUGUGUUUGGUGCUGUUCUCCAGUUGAUGUCAUAAAACUCAGUCCAUUUGGUUUCUUUUACUGGUCAAGACACAAGUUACUGGGUUUUUGGUGUUGACAUAUUCCCCUAAAAUUAAACCAACAUCCAAACACAUAAACAAUCCAUUUUUAAAUUUGCUGAUACAUUUUGAAAUUUGCUGGCACACUUAAGAUGAAAACAUGCAUUGAAUCACUACAAAACAAACAAUGGGCCAAAUUUUCAAAAUACAAAAUUAUCUGUCAGUUAUUGAAUUGGUCCUUACCGACAGAGGAAAUCUUUCAGGUACAUGGCCAAAAUCAGCCUGUGACAAAUCUUCCAGUUGUUGAUUUUUGUUCUCAGCUGUGAGAAAUGCCAUUACCAAAGCCACUGAACACAUAACUUUUGGUUUUUCUUUUGUAUUUUGGUUUUCCUCCCCUUCUAGGAAAGUUUCAACAUCACUGUCUGUAAGCAAUAGGGAAUUUUUAAGUGUGUUAGCAGCCAUAAUCCAAAAAAAUUCCAACAAACGAUCUUGGACUGAGAAUGGUUAAGGCUUUGCUGUUCAUUCAUCAACCUGACCAAGUGACAGGAAAGGGCGAGUGAUGUGUUAGCAGCUGAUUUGUCAUAUCAAACACACGUAAAAUGAUAUUGUAUUUUUUCACAUGUGUUGUCACAGCUUCUUUCAGGGCUGGAAAUCCUUGUAUACACCGUAGUUUAUAUGAUAAACUAAAUUUUUUUGCUUGUUUUAAACUUCUUUUGUAGAAACUUCCGUUAAGAUAGGAAUCUCAGUUCGUGGUAAAGAUGUGUACAUUAUACAGUCAGGAUUGGGGUAAGAAUAUUUAACAAUUGGUUCAUACAUCAGCAUGCGUUCAUCAAGAUAUGAAGCAUGCGGGAGGUUUGGAGAGCACGAAAGAUGCGUAAGAAUUGCUCUCGGGAGCAACUCUAGCUUCUUGAGUGCUCUCCAAACUUCCCAAGUGCUUCAUAUCUCGAUGAACACACAGCUGACAUAUGAACCAAUUGUUUUAUAACAUUUUCAACCCGAUGGAAAAUUUUUUUCUGAAGGGAUAUGUUUGCUGACGUCAUGAGCGUGCACAAUAGGAAUAUGAAGCAUGCUUGCGCAAUUGAAUUUGAUGAGACAAAUUUACUAGUUCUGUUAUAAUAAGUUUUAAUGUUCAGUAUUAACGUUCUUAUAAUAAGUAAUAAACUUUGAACUAAAGUAAGGUGAAGACUGCACUCUUGAAAAGGGUUAACCUCUCAACAUGUUAUUUCCAGUUUGGCACUUACAUUUGUUUGUCUUACACGUUCCUUAGCCAUCACAAAUUAGAUGAUUUUCUGCCUACUAUGUGCAUUUCUCCUGCUCAAUUUUGAUGACCUCUGCUAGUUUAAUUCUGACAUAGAGAAUAUUCUCCUGUCAGCUUUAACACUAUUCUCCUGUUCAUCCUUGAAGAAAACAAUGUUUAUUUAUAUUUUCAGUGAGAGUCUUGAUGUUAAUGAUGCAUUGAUGGAGCUGUUUAUUGUUGCAUAUGCCUGUAGGACUGCUUGUGCAAAGCGUAUCAUUGGUAAGGAAUAUAUACAGCAUUCACUUAUAUAAAUGUGAUAUAUAUUUUUUUAAUUUAGUCGGAGUCAAGAAAAUGAAUUUCAGAUUAAAUGAAUUCAAAGCUUGUCACUCUGUAUAGUGAAUAUAAUAUGGGUAAUGUGUUGUACCCGCAGGAGUCAUACCAUACUUGCCAUAUUCCAAGCAGGCAAAAAUGAACAAGCGAGGGUCAAUUCCUUCUAAACUGGUGGCUUCUCUUAUGUGCAGAGCAGGUAUCGGUAAUUUAUGCUUAUUUAUUUAUUCAUUUAUUUAUUUUAUUUAUGCUUAUUUAUUCAGUGCUCAUUGACAAAUACAUUAUGAGUUUCAGGUUGCUGUGAAAGUACAGAGAAAGUGAACCUACCUUUUGAAAUCAAACUUACCAGCUGAGCACUUUUCAGUGAAUAAUUUUGUGAUAACUCUGUUGGACUUGAUAUCAGACCAAACCAAUUUUUUAUUUUUAAUUGUAAAUUUCAUCAGAAAUUAGAAUUUAAAGUGACUUCUUAGCAGUUGACAUCUAGGCCUAUUCACCUGCUGUCAGUUAAAAAUGAUUUGUCUUUUACCUUUUUUAGAACACUGAUAGAUUUUUGUAGUACCCAUGUGUGAACUAUUUUGAUUCUACAAUUCAAACUUCCUACUUUAAUUAAGGGGCAGCUUUUAACCCUGGCAAGUGCCAUUCUGUUAAAUUCUGGGUUAUGACAACUCUCUCUCAGUGCAUCACGCAAGCCACUUAGGAGUGCAAAAUUAGUUGAAACUUGAAAAAAAAAAUAAGAAGAGGGAGGCAUAGCCCAAAAUAAAACUAAGUCAGGGGGAGUGGCAACAACCCUUUUUUCUGAUCCUAUACAAACUGCCUUAGUGCAGUGGCACAGUUUACCAGGAUCAAUAUCAGUAUCUGGGCAACUGCCCACCUACCUCUCCCCUAACCCAACUUUAACCCUAACUUUUUAUCACUUGACUGUUGUUGGGUUAGGGGAGGGGUAGGUGGACAGUUGUCCAGAUACUGAUAUUGAUCUGUUUACCUUACCUCUCUUACUCCACAGGACUCACAAACAUCAUCACAGUUGAUCUUCAUGCUAAGGAGAUUCAGGGGUUUUAUGAUGCUCCAGUUGACAAUUUGAGGGCUUCACCAUUUCUAGUUCAAUAUAUCACAGAAAAGGUACUUAGAAUACCAUUGAAUAACUGGUGGAAAGUUAAUUUCCUGUUCAUAAUUGAUGUACUACAUGCCUUAGGGUGAGAAAUACCCAAAAUUUCAAUCACAAUUGUCUUAUGAAUUGAUUUUCAGCAAGUUGUCAAUGAUGAUAAUAAAGGCAUAGAAUUUAUUUUCAAUUUUGAACCUAUGGGCAAAAAAUUUACUAAAAACGGCAUGGAUAAGAUUCUUUUACAAUCAGUUUUUCUGCUUUUUUUGUUGAUAUAACAAGAAUCUGCCAGCAGAUUUUUUGGGAAAGUAUUUGAGGCACAUUAGAGAGUUAAAGCAUUUGAAUAUUUUUGAUUUGGUGGCUAUAUAUUUAAAUUUAAGGUUGCUGACUACAGAAAUGCAGUUAUAAUUGCAAGGAAUCCAGGGUCAGCCAUCAGGUAAUAGAGGAAAUGUAACUUACUAUUCAAAAAUUUAGUAAAAAGUUUGAUAUAAUGUUGGACACCUUUACCAGCCCAAAAGGUUUCUAUCCAAACUAAGGUCAACCAUGCAAAAGAUUUUCUGUGCACACAACCAAGUACUUUCUAUUGGUAUUGAGCAUUUUGAUAUAUAGCCUUGCUUCACAACAUGUCAGGGGGUAAGUUUGGGUAAACAUGAAAAUAUGGACUUUGUAAUAGACCUUGUCCAUUGCAGACUCUCUGUGGCUCAGUGGUAGAGCAUCAAAACACGGAAUCCAAAGGUCUGAGAUUCAAUUCCUAAAAGGAACCCAGAAUUUUUUCUUUGUCCCAUGCUGGUGACAUGACAAAAAACAUAUUUCUUUAACAGUGAUAAACUCACUGAAAUAAACUUGCUAAAAUAAUGGUAUGAUUCAAGGGCCACCUCUUUUGCUGAGCGUCUACGACUUGGAUUGGCUGUGAUACAUGGUGAACAAAAGGAGAUGGAAAGUGAGCAACUUGAUGGUCGUCAGUCUCCACCUCCUACAUUAGUUGAGGGACGUCGUUUUGCAUCUGUCAGUAUUGACAGCAUGUCUCUACCAGGUGAGUUUCAACCUGGCUGUCAGAAAUUCUUACUUUCAAAUUCACUUUCAAUUCUGAUUUGUUUGUGUAUGUAUAUUUUUAGAUUACCUGAACCAGCUUGGUUCACUUUUGUCAUUUACAUUUGUCAUUUGAACACUAAUGAACUUGUUACAUGCUUUACAGGUGUUGACACACUGUUACUAAGCCAUACAAUAGAAUAUAGUGUUGGGUGUUCAUAGAGCUGAACUAAAAUUUUUCCAAUUAAAUUUUUUCAUACUUGUGUCUUUCACAGGCUUUCUUCCCAAAGCUAAACCUCCAAUUAACGUUGUGGGUGAUGUAGGAGGCAAGAUUGCCAUCAUUGUGGUAAGAUUUGAUUCAGUAUUUUACUGCACCAUGGUUGGCUUUAAUGUUUGAGUGGUGCAGUGUAGUUAUCACAUUGUUGGUGUACUCUUAGUUAUCAAAUUAAUUUAAAAACCAACAGUAUUCAAUUUAUAACAACAAAAUGUCAACUACAUGAACAAUUUUGGAGUUUUACCCAAAUAUUUCAUAAUCUUAAUUAUCACAUUUACCCUGGUAGAACCAUUCUCCACUUAAGAGUAGAAAUUAGUACCAGUGAAAUGUUACCCCCGUGACCGCCUGGAAUUAUUAGUGCUCGUCUAAUUUCUUCUUAAAAUGUCACCCUGAAUCACAUAAUCAGAUAGAUAAAAUGAUCACCAACUUAAGAAGCUCUUGAUUGUUAAACGUAUUCUCCUUGUUAGCCCCCUAGGAAAUAUCUAGAAAAAAGUAUGGAGAAUAUGCCCAUUGAUGUUAGGUUGUAAAGGGUAGAGGAAAUUGUGCAUAGUUAGGGGGUAAUUUUUGAUGGACUUGCUUUCAAUUCAGGGUAUUAAGACUCCUAGUUCCUUGAUGGUUUAGAAAUUGGAUUGGUUGGGGCAGUGACAGCCAGAAGCCAGCGUUUUAUGGAGACUCUCUUUGUCCCUAUUUAAGAUGUGUACGUUUAGUUGAUGUAGCUCAGUAAACCGCUUAUCAUUGUGCGUGUCUAUUUACAAUGAGCGAUGGUGGUCACCCAGUAGUUUUUCUACUUUGUUACGGUUCCUACGUUUAGAUUUACGUUAUACUUUACUGUGUAAUUUUACAAUGUGAAUAAAUAUUGCCUUGCUUUGUCUUACUUGCCAUGAACACACUUCUACACCAGGCUAAAUUGUUAAGUCUGAAAGUUGUUGUAUCCCGACUUACAGGAUGAUAUGAUAGACGAAGCAGAGUCAUUUGUAAAUGCCGCCAAGCUCCUGAAGGAUCGUGGGGCAUAUAAGAUUUUAGUGAUGGUCACUCAUGGCCUGUUGUCAGCGGAUGCGCCAGAACUGAUUGAGGAAUCCGCGAUCGAUGAGGUAAAACACAGCUUUUGCGGUUUACGUGAUGUCAAUAGGAGUUUCACGUCAAAAUUAGUGAGAUGUAAAUGCCUUGUACGGCAUAUAAACGUCCCCGUGUUAAAGCACUGCUUAUUCCGGCGUUUUUAAGUCGGAAUGAUUUGAGGCUCUUAUAGUCAACACAUUAUUUUUUUUAAAGAAAGAACAAGUAGUACAUUGCACGCGCAAGCACAUGAACGCACGCGCUUGUGCGUCAGUAUAAGACAACUUAAACCUGAAAUAUCAUUUCGUGUCUCGUAUGACGUAAAGAAGCGCAGAAUAUUUUUACAGCCACCACACGUACGCGACAUAACACUUGUUCCCUCGUUCAGUCAAAUUACAUCACUAUUUCAGACGCUCGGUUAAAUUCACUGACUACUAUGAUUGCACCCCCACCAGAGUAAUCUACUGCGUUGUACGCCCUCUGCUCGGAGCUUUACACUGUAGGGACAGGAAGAUUAUCAGAUCGCUUUCGUGAACUUCCGAAAGACACAAAAACGAAGACACAGUUUCCUUCAGCCCGUUUUGAAAAAAUUUUUGGGGCCAUGAAGCAAAACAAUUGAAAGUUAAGGGCUACACCAGAAGACUCUAAGUUUGAAUAAAAGAAAAUUUUUACGACCAGGUAUGAACUAACGUCGUGGAGUUCUUUUUGUCAUUAGGUUGUCAUCACAAACACAGUAUCUCAUGAUACGAAGAUGACUCGCUGUAGUAAAAUCAGAACGGUGGAUAUCAGCUCACUUUUGGCCGAAGCCAUCCGCAGAAUUCACAAUGGCGAGUCAAUGGGAUAUCUGUUUAGAAAUGUUCCUUUGGAGGAUUAGCCGAGCUGGCGCGUUGAACUGAGUCUGAAGUAAAGUUAUUUUUGGAAGACUUUCGUGGAAAUUUCAGACAGAACUUACUGUGAGAAAAUAUCUCGAGUGCGUUUAGCAAACUAACAGCUUCACAUUUAUUUAGUUGUGUGGUAAAGUAUAGUGGUCAUGAUAUUAAGCACCUGAAAUAAUGGGCUACUGGGCCACAAACACGAACAACCACCAACGCCUUUCUAGGUAUGAAUACGCCUCUAACGAAAUGCUUGUGUGCAGACCGGGAGGACUGGAUCGUGGAGACGAAGUCGAGGCUUAUUGGUAAAUAUCCCAGGAGAAUAUUAGAAAGCCCUGUUCAAACUGUCAUGUUAGAGCACGAUAGUUGGUGUUCAAACGCGCGUGAUAGUUAAAACUAUCAUCAACUAUCAUGACCGUUUGAACGGGGCUUAAAUUGACAAAUUCUUCUUGUUUAGGCCGUUUUUCCCCGAGACCUAUCGAACAACAGUGAAUAGAAAGGCCAAAUCGAGUAAGGUUGGCCGCGAAAGAGAACUUUAUUUAUCCUGUUUCUGAUUGUUAUUUUGAGCGGAAAGUUGACAAGUAAGUAUCAUUUGCGGAAAUAAUGGCGGAAUCUCGACCUGGCUGUUUCUUGGAUCGGUAAAUACUAUCAGCACUUUUUGCACCUCGAUUUCAUUGGACAAAUGUUGAUGGACUUUUCCAGUAAGAACUGUAAAUAAAGACGGGCAAAGUUGAGUUCAAAGAAACAAUAUGAGAAACGAGUUUUAAUGUUUCUGUAUAAUGGGAGCCGCUAAAUGUGUGUGAGGAAAGCCACUUGUCGUUUGUCUGUAAAAGAAAAAGUAAAGUACAGGUGUUACAUCAGCUGAGUGUGUCGCUAGAAGUCAAAAAUUUUCGUCAAGAAGAAUCCGCAGCUUGUUUAUCGGCAACGAUCUCAUGUAAUAUUAUCAUGACGAUACUCAAAAAUGAGGCUGGAUUCACGUUUCUGAAAAUUAAUUCCUUUUGUGAAUUGGAGGUCGGUCAAUAUGUGUUUACGCUGAGAAAUUUAGUUUUCCGUUCGAAAUACCUCCUAACGGAAAAUUGACUGUUAACUUCUCCGGGAAGCUACGACCGCACCCCCCACCCCCUCGAAGAAAGGCCUGAAGGGAUUACUCCGUGAUGUGUAAAUUUUCCUAACAUUUUAACAUACUGUUGAGUAGAAACGUGAGGAAAGUCUAGAAUUUUAUAUCGUAACUAACAAUUUUUUAUCAUGUGAGAGGUUGUUUAACACGAUUUUGGAGUUAUUUCAUAAAGGUUACAGAUUAUUUAUGGCCUAGAAAUUGUCUUGGAAACCUUAAGUAUAAGUACGCAACGCGUAAAUAGAGCCUUUUACCUUCUAUCUCCUCAAGUCGCUUUUCUUCCAUGACUCCCCGUCAGCAAACAUGCAGUUCCAAUCAGUACUAUCAGUCGGGCAUGAAUAAUCACUGAUAGUUUCAAAAAGAGUACAGUACACUGUACCCACAAAGCUGUACAGACGGAACGCGUUACAGGAAGCGAAUUGGUCGCAUCUCUGUUGGCAGAGAGGCCUCGCACCAGCUAUAUCGCUGUGGUAAGUGGUUUCUGAGCCCACGCUGAUUCCGCUGAUGAAUUUGUAUCCGGAUAUUUUAGUCCACCAAGC